AUAUAUAUAUUAUUACAGCAACUUUCUACAUAUUUGGUUUCUGGUGUACUGAUAAAAUGGAAGGAGAAAUAAUAUCAAGGCAUUUUUUCAACGUGAUAGCGCCCGGUUUUCAGAAUAAUUUCAACCUGCCAUCAUCUUUUUGCAAUAAGCUAAAAGAAGAGAAAUCGAAACGGGCGAUCUUGAAAAGUCGUAUAGGGAAAUGGAAGAUCGAUGUGUGCAGAAACGGCGAAGGGCUAAUAUCUUUCGAAAAUGGAUGGCCUCAAUUUGUCCGUGACCAUGGUUUGAGUAUCGGAGACUUUGUAGUGUUUGAACACACCGGUAACUUUCACUUCAACGUUUCCGUGUUUGAUCACACUGCGUGCGAAAAGGAGUUUCCCUUCGAGCCGAAGAACGAGCGCCAUGAAAACAACACCCGAAACCCACACUUUGUCUUGACAAUGAAACCGUCUUUUGCUCAUGAAAAAGCCAGAGUGAAUAUCCCAGCAGAAUUUGCAAGGUCAAACAAUCUAUGUGAUAAAUCUAGUGUAACUUUACGAGAUCCUCGUAAAAGACCAUGGCCGGAGGAACUCGGGCUUCAAAAAAUCGGCCCAUUCCGCCUCGUCAUGUGGAAAGGUUGGCACGCUUUUUAUGUAUCAAACCAACUCAAGAACGGAGAUAUUUGUCGUUUUGAGCUCAAUCCCGAUUCGCUACAAUCCGCAACUGCUUUAAUGGAUGUGCACAUUUCUCGUGCUUCCGUCUAA